GUGAGAUCUAGUUUGCAGUUGCCAGCUUGGGGCUCAGAUUCACUCCAAGAUAGUUGGUGCACUGCAGCCGGGACAUCCAGAAUAGACCAGAUAUUGGCAUUCCCUGUGGACUCUUCGGCAGAGGUGUGAUAUGACAAAGUUGAAGACAGAAGUGAAAGAUAAAGACAGUGGAAGGUGAUGUGAACUAGAAGGAAAGGUGGUCUGAAAACGAUCUUCUUCCUCAUCCUUUCAUAAUCUUUGGGACAUUGGAUGGGAUCUUAUGGGUCAACAUUUCCUUUCCUAUAAGGAAGAGAACUAGGCCAUCUAAGGCCUUUUUAGCCAGCUCUUACACUUUACCUGGUCUGUUUUGGCCAUUUUUUUCCUUCUCUGCUCCCUCCCUCCCCUUAUUUUUAGAAUGCAAGGAUCUUGAUUUCUUGGGGUGAAGGGGAUGGGCAGUGGUCCGAGGUAGUAUAUGACCUCCCCAAAACCUCCCAGCUGGUCUUAAAAGCACCCUAAGGGUGGUCGUUAUAAAUAAUUUGUUCUGUGUUUCCAUCUUUCCAUAAAAGGUCGAGGUAUUUGAAGCUAAGAUUCUUAAAAAUACAGCAGCAACUACAAACUGGCAUUGGUAUCUUAAACUGUUGGGUAGUUUCUCACUAUUUGGUAAAAUUAAAAUUAUAGAAAAUACUUAGGCUUUCAAAUAUCUGGGUAUAUUAUUUUCAUUUCUACCUUUUCUAUCAUGUAAAAACAUGUGAAUACUAAUAAGUGUUAGUUAACAAACACAUUAUUUAGAAACACUUAACUUCUUAUGUCUUUUAGCCUCAAACUGAUUAGGCCUAAAAAAUUAACUAACUUCUAGAACUAAAGUUUUAUUCUUAAUACUUGGGCACUUUAGGCGCUCCUAUGGCAAGAUGGGAAAGGUAUAGUCUGCUUGGUUUUAUUUCAAUUGUAUAUAAAAUUUUGUGGGUUGCUAUUUCUUUCUUUUAAAUGAGCUAUCUUUUUAAUAAACCUUAAACCCGUUACCGUUGAGUAGUCGAUUAAAGCUUCAGAUUUAAAACUUCGUAAAAAACACAAGUGUAAAUUGUCAUGCAUAUUUCUGACUUAAAAUAACUAAGAUGUUUGUCUUAAUCUCUUUAAGGCUGAGAAUUAUUUUAAAACAUUGCUAGCUAGUUACCCUUGUAAGAAAUCAUACUCAAAAAUGUGAAUUCUGAAUUAACCUUAAAAUAGAAUUUUCAAUUAGAAUCACCGUACUUAUUCAUUAAUACUUGAAUAUUUUAAAUCAAAAAGUAAAUACACUGGUAGCUGAGGUUAUUAUUACUUACAAGUUUAUAUGUGGCGCCUCAGUUCCCUGUAAACAAAGCAGUGUCCAGCCUUUAGAUGUGUGACACAGCAUGUAAAGCUGUGUAAGCUGCAUGUCGGACUGCCUUCUAGCAGUGAGAUCGUCAGGAUGUUGGACUUCAGAUUCUUGCUCUUACCAAUGUUCUGCCUGCAGUGCUGGAGCGUGACACAUAAACUACUUUGAAUUAAUUGAAGCCGUUAUCCUCUAAUCUUCAAUAUCCAAGCUAUUAUGAUACUAUUUAUGAUAAAUGAUAAUUAUGUAACUCCCUUAUAAAAACAACUUACUUGAAGUCUUUAUUCACCUUGCACAAAAAGCAGACCAGCCCAGUGUUUCAUCGAAUAAACGCAUUCCUUACAGUGUGGUUCUGAGGCCAGAUGAACUUAAGGGAUGUUGGCAGGCAUCAGACUGUUAGAGCUACUGAAAAUGAGAGAGAAUGAACUGUUGUAUACACGUUCAGGCAGUGGACGCUUCUUUCUCUUUUAUGUUUUCUAUCCUGUGUUUGGAGCCCUGGUGGUACAGUGGUUAAGAGCUUGGUUGCUAACCAAAAGGUUGGCAGUUCAAAUCCACCAGCAGCUCUCUAGAACCCCUACGGGACAGUUCCACUUUGUCCUAUGGGGUUGGUAUGAAUCGCGAUAGGCUCAAUGGCAACAUGUUUGGAUCUUGUGUUCGGAGCUUUGGUGGCGUGGUGGUUAAGAGCUCAGCUGCUGAACAAAAGGUUGGCAGUUCAGAUCCACCAGCCACUCUUUGGAAACCCUAUGGGGGCAGUUCCACUCUGUCUUGUGGGGUUGAUAUGAGUUGGAAUCCACUCGAUGGCAGUGGGUUUUUUUUUUUAUCCUGUGUGCAGUUCUUGUGCUUGUUACAUUCUUACCUCAAGUAUUUUCUUCUUGUCUUUUCAUUUUCAUUAGGUAUACUUUGGCCCUUUUGGGGCUUUUUUUUUUUUUUUUCCAGUCUUCAGAAUGACUGUCACAGCACUUUGUUCAGGUUCAGAAAUAAUAAAGGAAUUUCAAGAAAUAUAUGUGCAUUGUGUAUAUUAGUGUUUUAAUUACCCUUGGGAUGUAUGGGGGAAUCCUUUGAGAAGCUGAGACUAGUUGGGUGAAUAAGGGGCGUACAUGUGAAACAACUAGAGGAUGAUGCAAGAAAGUGUGAGGUGAAGUGCUACGUUGUGUAACAGCUGAGGAGCACAUCAUCUCCUAUUUCAGCAUGGUGCAAUAACUGAUCAGGAAAAUGUAAUCAGCAUUUAACUUCUGUGACAAUAUUAGCAUGACUUUGCUUUCUAUUUUAAAGUAAAAGUUGGAGAACUAAACACAGACAUUGAUAAUAUAACAAAAGCUGAUCUUUCUACUUAGGCAGAGGAAUACAUGCUCAAGUAUCUGUUAUAUCUGUAAAUAUGAGAACAUAGGAUUUUUCUGUAAUUCACCUCCUUUUUAUUUGAAAGAACACUUCAUUUUCAAGAGAAAAAGGCUCUGCUUGACCACUUCUUUAGAAAUACAAUAGAGUUUUAAGUACCUGAAAAACAAAAAUAAUAAUAUUCUAUCAAAAAGCUCCGUUUUAAUUAAGUUUGAGUUCCUUUUGUUGUACUAAUUCUAAUAGUAUGCGUUGACCGUCUUAGUCCUUUUUUAGCAUUUACAAUCUGUUCUCUUCAAGAUUAGAAUUAUUUUGUUCUUCCUGUGUCUUCAGUCUUUCUAGGACUUCAGGGAAGCUGUCAUAAGUAUUUGUGGCAAAUGUCUGCAUUUAAGAAAAACAAUAAAAUAGAAUAUGAAUUAUUCUUUUUUCACCUAUCUGUUUUGAUCAUUUUUUUUUUUGCCUGCUUUUUAAUUGUGGGAUUCUGUAAUAACAGUCCUGAAAGCCCAGUUAGUUGAUUCUGUGCCAGAUAGUUUUCGUAUUUUAAAAUAGGUUAAGGAUAAACUGUUCCUCACAGAGAUUUUUAUCUUUGUGAAAUCUCUUAGCUGUUUUGUAAGUUACAUUGCUGUGGUUUUCCACAUUUAUUGAUGCUAAUCAGUAUUGGUGUGUUCAUGACUACUUUAAAAUUGUCUCAGGAUUUCUGUUUAGUUUUUAAACCCGUGGUAAUUUGCACGACCACCACCUGUCUGUCUGUUGCGCUGUGGUGGUUUUUCGUUGCUGUGAUGCAGGAAGCUAUGCCAGGUUUCUUUUUUCCAGCCUAAAACAGACUAGUAAGAAGAACCUGGCAAUGUGCUUCCAAAAAUUAGCCAUUGAAACUUGUUUAGUCUGUAAUACUAAAUCUGCCCCUCUAGCUUUAAAGAACUUACAACCCCAAUUUAAACAUUAAAAUAAAUAAAUGAACAUAUAAUUAGGAAAGCUUUUAAAGGACAGUUUCUCACUGUUCUCUGGGUUGUGGACCCCUUUGAGAAGCUGAUGAAAGCUAUAAACCUUUUCUUUUGGAAAAAAAAAAUACUGUUUAUACACGUACAGAGUGUUGCGUAUAAUCUCAGAGAAUUCAAAGCCCCUCUUGAAGCUCUUGGGCCCCAGGUUAAGAAUCCUGCUCUGAAGUGCUUAAUUCUGAUUUCUAUUGGGACUUUUUUCCUCACUUUCAUUCUUAUUCUAACCUUGUCUUUUUCCUGUGUUAAUCAUUUUUGGAGAGUUUAAAAUGGCAUGCUCUGUCUCCCCCACAUUCACUUGCACAAACAUGAAUACACACAUACUUAAAUGGGUGGGGGUUGGCAUGGAAGGACUUUGGGGAAAGACUCCCAGGUUAUGUGGGGGGCAUUGCCCAGAGCUUGCUGAGGUAGUUCCCCAUAUGUAUUUGUUUCCAUACAAUGAGUAUAUGUUGAGCAGAAUAGAAUACAGUGUAAAUUCAUGAACAUUAAAGAAUCACAUUCCUUUCUUCUAGUAAGGAAGCUUGUGGCACAGUGGUUAAGAGCUUGGCUCCUAACCAAAAGGUCUGCAGUUUGAAUACACUAUCCGCUCCCUGGAAACUCUAUGGGGCAGUUCUACUCUGUCGUAAUGGGUCACUGUGAGUCAGAAUCGACUCAUGGACAGCAGGUUUGUUCUUUGUAAAUAAGCAAGCUGGUUUACAGAGUCCUCUCUGCACAAAAGAUAGCAACUUCGUCCUAUUUUGAAGUAGGAAAUUUAGUGCGAUGGGGAUACUUUACCCUGUCCUUUUUCAUCUGCCCCCACCCCGCCCUUUUUUAAGAGAGGAAGGGGAGGGGUUAGAAGUGCAGAAAUCAAUAGAUGAGCACUUGGAGAGUGACAUUUAGAUAUAGAUAUUCUAGGAAUUGGUCUUUGGUCUGAUAUUAGUAUUUCAUGCUUUUGAUUUUUAUUAGAUGUCUGUGCAUUCAUUAUAAUGAAAAUCUAUUCAGACACAAAGUCAAACAACGUAAAAUGUUUGAUAGAUGUUUAAAGUAUGGUGCAAUAUGGAAUUAAGUUCUUUUCCCCAAAAUAUUUAUUUUUCAAGUGUCAGUGUUAUCUUUUUAGAUAAAUGAGACAAGUUUAUGCGUUAAAUAAACAACUGAAGGUUUUUUCUAUAUGUAUAACAUUUUCGGAAUCCAUGUAAGCUGAGAAUGAUAAAACUAGAAAUUAAUUUACUGUAUUGCAUUAAUAUUGCCAGUGAAAUUAGAUCAUUCUUGAUAGGAGAUUUUAGAGAUAAAUAUAUUGCGUAUAUUGUCCAAUACAAGAAGGAUGAUAACUCAGGAGAUCCUGAGUUACUGGCAUUGCUUUGGGAUGCAAACUGAUUAAUAAUAAUAUAUUAAUCAGAUGUCCCGUUCAUUUUAUGUAAGAGAAUUUAGAGAAUACUUUCAUAAUGACUUUCUGAAAAAGUUGCAUAGAUUAUGUUGAGAGAUUUAUUUUCUUCUCUUUCAGGACCGAAGUAGAAUGUAUGACAGUUUGAACAUGCACUCUUUGGAAAAUUCCCUUAUUGAUAUUAUGAGAGCGGAGCAUGAUCCUCUUAAGGGUCGAUUGAGCUAUCCACACCCAGGGACUGACAAUCUGUUGAUGUUAAAUGCAAGGAGUUAUGGGCGAAGACGAGGUCGUUCUUCCCUCUUUCCGAUAGACGAUGGCUUACUGGAUGAUGGUCAUAGUGAUCAAGUUGGUGUUUUAAAUUCACCCACAUGUUAUUCAGCUCAUCAAAAUGGAGAGCGAAUAGAGCGCUUCUCUCGAAAAGUUUUUGUUGGUGGUCUUCCUCCAGAUAUUGACGAAGAUGAAAUAACAGCUAGCUUCAGAAGAUUCGGGCCUUUGGUAGUAGACUGGCCUCAUAAAGCAGAAAGCAAGUCCUAUUUUCCACCAAAAGGCUAUGCAUUCCUUCUCUUUCAAGAAGAGAGCUCAGUUCAGGCACUAAUUGAUGCAUGUAUUGAAGAAGAUGGAAAGCUCUAUCUAUGUGUUUCUAGCCCUACUAUCAAGGACAAGCCAGUUCAGAUCCGUCCUUGGAAUUUAAGUGACAGUGAUUUUGUGAUGGAUGGUUCUCAGCCUUUGGAUCCCCGAAAAACAAUUUUUGUUGGAGGUGUUCCUAGGCCAUUAAGGGCUGUGGAACUUGCUAUGAUAAUGGACCGGCUAUAUGGUGGAGUUUGUUAUGCAGGAAUUGAUACAGAUCCUGAGCUAAAAUACCCAAAAGGUGCUGGACGAGUUGCUUUCUCUAAUCAACAGAGCUAUAUUGCUGCCAUUAGUGCUCGGUUUGUUCAACUUCAGCACGGCGAUAUUGAUAAGCGCGUGGAGGUAAAGCCAUAUGUGCUAGAUGACCAGAUGUGUGAUGAAUGCCAGGGUGCACGCUGUGGUGGGAAAUUUGCUCCUUUCUUUUGUGCCAAUGUCACUUGUCUGCAAUAUUACUGUGAGUUUUGUUGGGCAAAUAUCCACUCUCGUGCAGGACGUGAGUUCCAUAAGCCAUUGGUAAAGGAAGGUGCUGAUCGCCCACGUCAGAUCCACUUCCGCUGGAACUAAGAAUAGCAACCCGGCGCCUGUUAAAGGAAGGAAAGGGUGCAUGUGGCUUACUAUGUUUGAAGAUACUGACGUGCAGAAGAAAUAAGUGCAUUCUUCUGCUUUUCACCCCAGCUAUCAAUACAUGCAUCUUUAUCAGCAGCCAAAACACUACAAGCCUCUUGUUUUUCACCAAAACCCUACAUCUCAGGCUUACUAAUUUUUGCGAUAUUUUCAUGUUAAAAAUAAAAUGUUUUUUUGUAUUUUCUCCAAGUUAUUUUUAUAUGUAAAGUGAAAAUUAGAUAAUGAGAAUGUUUUGCGUAGGGGCAACACAGUUUGCUGCUAUAUAGUGGGUGAAGCGUGCACUUAUUUCUAAACAUGGGUUUUUAACUUCAAGAUCUGCCCCAGUAAUUUACCAAAGGUAGCAAAAUAAUAGUGAAGAUGGAAUAUGUCUGCUACAAAUGCUUAUUUUUAUUGUUGCUAUUUUCAGUGUAUACAUAAACUAAAAAUUAGGGUUGAUUUUUUGCUCUCCAUUUUGACUUGCAAGAAAUAAUACCUCAAGAUAAUCUGAUUUAUUAGCUAUUUUUAAACAUUUUUAAUCACAAGCUGUAUUAGCUUUGCUGCUAUAUAGGUGUUAUGUGUAAAUGCCACCUAUUAAUACGGGAUUGAAAACGUUAGAGACACACUGCAUUGCAGAUAAAAUGCAGGCAGCACAAUAUGGCCUAAACUGCCAUAGUUUUAGAAUGUGAAAAAAAAAAAUGCAUGUUUACUUACCUGUAUACACCAUAUGCAUGCACUAGCGUUAUUAACUAACAAGAGGUGAGGUAUUGCAAAUGUUCAAACAAGCUUUCUUGAAUCUAGGUAGCAUGAACAAAUUAUAAAAUUUGUUUAAAAAAAAAAGCAAACUUGCAUGCAUUCUUGUGACUUCAAGUUUAAAAACUGUCCUACAUGUGUACAAUAUGCAAAUUAGUUUUAGACUAGAGAGUGCAGCCAUUUUGUGAUCUGGUCGGUAGUGGAAUUCGAUUUUAUGCAGACUGGAUGUAAUAUUUGUAAUCCCUGUGCAAUUUUGUGAUGUGCGGUUCUAAUUCAUGUGCAGUGAUAUAGUAUAGAUAAAAGAUUCAGUAAAAGAAAAACACAAGAAUUUUAAAUAAAGUUGAUUUUAGCCCCUUUGAUAGUUCAUGGUUAAGACAUCCUUUACAAACCAAAGAUGGCCAGCACACUGCUAAUAACCAGUCGCCAAAUGUAAGACCCACAAGAUACCCAUACUUUAAAAAGUGAACUUCAGAGAAGAAUGCAAAACUUUAGCAAACCUGAGUAAAGUC